GAAGCAUCCGAUACGUGAGCGAUGUUGAUGAUAAGGGCAGUUGUUGAUCGGCACUGCCGUGAAAUGGACUUGCAUGUUCGUAGCCGGUAACGGAAGUGGAGAAAUAAAGUGAACUGGAUUUAUUAAUUGGAUCAAGUUAGUCGAAACAAUGGCUACACGGCUAGUGGUCAUUCCUGGACCCGGUUUCACAGCUACUGAUUUGGAACCACACACACCACAAGAUUCUCAGCGGAAGUUACGAUGUCUCAAAUGUGGCGACAAGUGUCCGGGGCUCGACACCCAUUACUGGAGGAAAGUUUGCAAACAUUGUCGAUGUUCCCGAGAAGAUCAUGACCUUCAACCUCCCGAAGAGAAGGAUUCUCAGCCAAUCAACCUCCUGUUUGACUCGUUACCGCGUCAUGGCGACCAAUCAGAUAUGUUGCAGCGACUCGAGCGCCUUAACAUUGACGAUUCUGCGGCCUUGACCCAGAUAUGUGGUCCGGACAAUGAUAUAGUGCUUGCAAGGAUUAUAUCGGAAAAUCUGAGGUCACAGAAAUACAUCGCUAUGCUUCCUAAAGACAAACAAAUGUUUGCUGCCCAACUCAGGAGAAGACAACUCCAGAAACAACUUCCGCUUCAUGACCUCCAUCACAAAUUCUGUAACAGCUUAUCGGAAACAGAAAUGCAGAAAUUCCAAAAGUUUACAAACAAAAGGCGAUUAAAAUCAGCUGGUAUCGGGCAGAUACGUGACCUACCCAAAUCCGGAGAACACAAAUGUCAUCGGUGCUUGAAGGCGGUAGAAAGUGGCGGGAUUGCUGUCGUGGCAGACCGCAUGGGCAUUGGCACGUGCUGGCAUCCGGGUUGUUUCACGUGCGCAACGUGCUCGGAGCUUCUAGUCGACAUGAUAUAUUUCCAUAAAAGUGACGAUAUCUACUGUGAACGUCACUACGCUGAUUCCAUAUACCCACGCUGUUCCUCCUGUGACGAGAUAAUCUUUGCGCGGGAGUAUACCCAGGCGGAGAAGCAGACGUGGCACGUGCAACACUUUUGCUGUUGGUACUGUGAUGCGCCUCUAGCGGGCCAACGCUACAUUGCCAAGAACGGCAACCCCUACUGCAUUCUAUGUUUCGACAAACUGUACAGCAAGAUUUGUGUGACCUGUGGCAAGACCAUUACAGCCGACUCCCCAGGGCUUUCUCACGGAGAAUUUCAUUGGCACGCAUGCCCACACUGCUUCAGUUGCCAUGUAUGCGCACGCAACCUUAUCAAUCAGCAAUUCCUGUUGAAAGACGGCAAACUCUUCUGCUGUCUUGACUGUAAACAGUCAUUUACGAAUCGUCCUAACCAGGGUUUACCACGGCAUAUGCAUCCUUAAUAUUACUGUGGUCCGUUUUUUAAUAGUCUCCCUAUAGCACACGACUCCUUAAUGUUCUCAAAUUGGUCGUGAUAGUAAGAUUUCCAUAGGGCGUCCUUGGUGUAUUUAUACUGAUCAUUGUUAAAUUGCACUCUGAUCGUCCUAACCAGCAGUGUUUUCUGAGGUAUAAGCAUCCUUAAAGUAACCAUAGGCAGGCCAUAUUGACAUGUGUUUAAUACGGCAUCGGCAUCUUUAAAGUUGAAAGUAAUCUCCACGCAGAGUCACGGUCCUUGCACUCCCUUUAAUCAUUGAAAAGGAACGACAACUCUGGAUAGAGAUUGCUCUUUUAGGCAAGUGACAUUAACCAUUAUAGAAUAUAGCAUUGACGUCCUUAAAGUUACUAUAGUUACUACAGCGCGUGAAUCCUUAAAAUCACCAAAGUAUGAUCAUACUACCCAGUACUAAACACGGCCAAGUAAUCCUUAACAGGCGUGCAUCCAGUGUUUUAUGAAGGGGUCCAAAGGGCGACAGCUGUCUGUGUCCAGGAACAUAAUUGCGUUUGAGAGGUCUGUGUAGGGCAAAGCUUCCAGAAGUUGUGAAACUAGAGCUUUUCCUUCGCAAAUGUAGGGUUGGAUGGGGUGUUGCCCCAAAGAACUACCACGUCACCCCCGUCUGGAUUCAAUAUUACUAGUAGUACGCCCUUAUUGUUAUCAAAGACCAAUCCUCUAAAUCCGGGCCUCAAAAGGCACAUGCAUCCUUAAAAUAACCAGUAACCCCUGUAACUAUAUCUCGUGUGGAAUUUUUAUAUGAAUUUGUUUAUAGAAAGAUACUAAUAUGUUGCACGCGUCAUCUACGUUCAUUAAAUCCAAAAUGAAAUUUCAUAAACUCGGAUGAUUAUAUUUAAAGUCUAAAUACACGUUUUGUUCAUCAGCAGUUUUUUAAAAUAUAUAUUUCACUGUUUCCCCCAUUUGGAAUUUAACUCCUUAAAAGAUCACUUAAUUAUGAACUUGUACAUUUCACAGUGUAAAUAUUUUCUAUUUCAUAGUUUGAUACUUAAAAAACGGAACACCUUUCGACAAUAGUCCGAAGUGUCAUUAUUUGCUACUAAAGUUUAUUUACGUCGUUUUUCGACACAACGGUUGGUCGAUAUUUACAUAAUUGGUCACAUUUCGCCGCCACAGUUGAAUCGAUAUUUGCAGUUGAUCAGUAUGUGAAAGUUAUAACAAUCAUUGAUAUCGAAAACUAAAUGUUCACAUUGGAUUGACUCCGUAUAAAAAUUAAUGCAUUACUGUGGGCUCAAUCGUUUUUAGUGAAAGUAUUGUGUUUUCAAGUUUGACAUUUCUUUUGAUUCCUGUACUACUUUCAGCGUUGAAUCAGGAUCAUUUUUUAAAUAAUCUUGUGUGGUAAAAGUCAAGACAUCAUGUUGACAAUAUUUUUGUUUUGUCAAAUGGUCAAGUACAAAAUCUUCCAAAUAAAAUAAAGGAAUAAAAAUCGACAAUAAUUAUUCCAUUCUCCAAACCCAAACACGACCCUAAACGGGUUAUAAAGUGCAAAAACAAACCAGUCAAGACAAAAAUUACAUAUUAAACGUAACAUGUGUCCCGUUAAGUGCUUAGUUCUUUUGACACCAUAGAAAGUGAUUAAACUUAUUACGUUUUACUAAAAUGUAAAUAUCACAUUUUGAGGUAAACUUGCUUUACUUUCAUCAUAUAGUAUAAAAUUACUUAUUAACAAUUCAACUAAAGCAUUAUGUUACAUAAUACAUUAGGUAAAACUCCCCCUCAUCAGAUAAGGUUUAUUUGUUUAUUUCAUUUGUAACGGUCGAAAGUUAUCAAUGAUGUAUUUAGAAAAUGUUGCACAUCUCUAACGAUUUAGUUUUCGCGUCAUUCUGCAUUGCCUUAAAUGAAAUGUAGUACAUCCAAGCCCCUAUGAAAAAAGAAAAUGCCUCUCGUUUUCUUCCAUAUAGUUAUCUUAAUGUUUACAUAUUCGGUCUUGAUAACAACCGUACAAUUCACAAUUUAAAAUGAAAUUUAUGUCUUUUUUAUCAAUACCUACAUAGUAUUAUUGUACCUUUAACUCGUUCAAUCCUGAAAUUUCAAUAUGAACAAUGCAAACCUUUGAAUUGGAAGAGUUUAAUUGUGUCUUCAGUGGUGAAUGAGUUUAGUACAAACAAUAUAAAAUGCAUUGUAUCAGAGUUGGUGAAACGUCAAAUACAUUUACGACCAUCAUCAUUAUAUAGGUAUGAAAUAUGACUGUAUGAGGAUUUUUUCAUUUUUCAUUAUUUCCAUAUAUAUUCGAAAAUUCUGCUGGUCAAAAUUUUGUUUCGAAUACGUUAAAUAUCAUACAGAUGGUAAUAAUAUUAGGUCCUUUUCAUCAAGUGGAGCUACGAAAAGAUAGCAGAGUACUAUGUUCGUUUAAAGUGAAUCAGAUACAUUUGUAUGUUCAUUCCAUAAUAUACGUAAUUUUGUAUAUUGGCGAUUGUGUUUUAUGUUCCUAAAUGAACCAAUCAAAUUCCAAGUGAAGUUGCGUUUAUGUUACUAUGAUUACAAAUUUGGUUGUUAUCUUUAGAAAGGACCAUGAUUGGUUCAUAAGCGCACACAAUCUACAAAAUUCAGUGUUAUUUAUAUGGGAAAACAAUAUUUAAAUUACUUACGGGAAUCUAAAAGUACUUCCGGAAUCAUAUUUUCUUCAUAAAGAUAAUUUUGCUUUAAGUGGUGUUAAUGAGAUCUGGGAAUUGUACGGGUUUAAGCUUAUUUGCCAUACAAAUGGCAGUCAUUAUAUUUAUUUCUAAAUUUCUAUAAAUUUCAUUUUGAUUCGGGCUAAGCACUGUUCCCAUUUCCUACCAUUCUUCCUCUCGUAUAUACAAGAUAUAUAUGUGGUUUUUAUUUUUAUCCCCAUUUGGCUCGCUAAUAAUUUAUUAGUUGAGAUAUGAGCAUAUCUGGGGGGUUUUAAACUUUUUUUUUACAGGGUCAUCUACUAUAACUAUGUGAGAAGGGAGACAACUCUGUGUGUGUAUUUGUAAUUUGAGAAAACAUACCGUUUUAACAGUGUGAUUGAGUAUAUGUGCGUGAUAUUAGUAUUUUCAUCAUUUUGCAUGAUAUAGGUACGUCAGCACAACAGUAUUAGUACAGUAUGUUCAUACAUCUGAUAUAUAUGUAUUUAUACAGUUUGUAGAUAAAUCACUUUGUUACCUACGUUUGUAAAAAUAAUUCUGGAUUGUUUGAAUGUAAAAAUAAUUAUCAUCUUUUCAUUUUUCUUAACAAAAAAUAAAAUUAGCAAUGUUUGUCGAUGUUGACUUUUGUUAUUUAUUGCAACAGAUGACCUAAUUCUCCUAGUAAUAUAUACAUGUUAGAUAAGGAAAAUUUAAAUUCUCUUUAGUGCAAUGCUAAGCCUAACAAAACAUUGUGUAAGAAGGCGUCAACAAAGGGAUUCAAAUAGACGAAAACACGACAAGAAUACGAGAACAAGAACAGAACCCGACAACAUGAAUGGACAAAAUUUGUGCACACAUCAUUAAUGAGAAGAGACAUGUGUACACAUUAAUAUGUAUGGAUAUGUUCAUCCUGUAGAUGAAUAGAUGAAUAGAUGAAUUUAUUACCUACAUAUGAACCUAUUUUAGGUUGUUUUGAUGUAAA